AACCGGCCCGGUUCACAACCGACCCAAUGCUAGAGAGAGAGAGAGAGUCGACCGUGAGGAGAGAGAGAGAGAAAAUCGGCUUCUUGUCUUUUCCUUAUUAGAGUAUGAUUUGUACUCUUUUCAUAUUUGUAUUUCCAUAUUCUAGUAUUUCCAUUAUUUUAUGACGGUGUAAUUCCCUAUAUAUAAAGGCCUUUUUAUGUUUAUGAAUAAUACAGAAACACAGAUUCUAUUCUCUUGUUUUACGAUAUAUUUUGAAUUUUACAAAUUGUCAGUAAUUUUUUUAUCCAAUUUUUAGUUGAUUUGACCUUUUCCAGAGUGACGGUAUUUCUUUUAGUUACUUUUUGAGAUUUACAUUAUAUUAAUUUGUGGUAACAAUAAGGAUAGGAAAAUAUAGAAACUUUAUUUAUCCAAGUUUCCUAUUAUUUUAGUGUUUUCCAUUUUUUUUUUCUUUUUACCGUCAUCCAUACUUAUAUAUAUGUAUGUUAAGGUUAUAAACCAUGCGUGCAUCUUAACUCUCUGGUGACAAUCAGGUCACACGAUGAUGUCCUUAAAGCUACCAUAUGAUUUGGAAGAGGAAAUUCUAUCAAGAGUUCCAUGGAAAUUUCUUGCAAAGUUGAGAUGUGUAUGUAAGCUUUGGAAUAGUCUUAUUUUGGAAGAGAGACUCAACGAGAAGAACUUGUCGUUUCACAUGCACAGCUAUAGCGGUGAGCAUCGGUUUAUACUCAAAGACAGUGGUCCUACGAUUUCUGCCGUGGGCAUUGAGGAGCAGAAAAACGUGGUCGAUCCUCCGUCCUUGAUCGUCCAAGACUUUACCCUUAUAAAAGCUCAACCAUGUAAUCCAAUUAGGGUGUACAAGACUGUUCAUUGCGACGGUUUGUUGUUGUGUGUCAUGGACAACCAGCUUUUGGUUAGGAACCCGUUACUGAAGGAAACAACCUGGAUCAAAUGCGGUAGUGAUUUUCACGAACUAGAUGAUGCUUACAGCCUUGGAUACCUCAGCCACUGUGAUUACAGGAUCUUAAGGUUUCGUUGUGCUAGUAAUUCCAGAAAUAGACCUUCAAGGGUCGAGGUCUGUGAAGUUGCAUCCAAGACAUGGAAGGUUAUAGAUAACAUCAGUUUUGAUUGGUUCCUUAGUGUGCCGUUGUCGAUCCUCUCUCUGAGAGGAACUCCUUAUUGUAUAGGUCUUCGAGAAGAUCAUAGAGCUUUUGUACAAAGCUAUGAUUUUUACAAAGAAAGGUUUCAACCCAUAGAUGACUUGCCAUUCAGCUAUGAUGAGAUGAAUCCUAUUGCACUAGAGAUUUAUAAAGGAGAUAGGCUUUCGGUGUUGGAGCAAUGUCACAAAACAAGGAAGAUAUGCAUAUGGGUGAAGCAUUGGCUCAUGCUUACUUCUUGGACCAAAUUGGUGGUCGUGGACAUACCAGAGUUUCCGCUUAUAUAUCCACGUCUUACCCUCCUUUCUACAAAUUAUUAUUUCGACAAAAACAAUAGGCUUGUUAUAACUUGUAAUGAUACUGACAUGAAGGGUCUAUCUAUUAUCAGAGUCAUCAACGACAAGGAAUUCCAAGUAAUUAAAGCUAAUGAAGGGGAAUGUCGUUUCUCUUUUUUAUGCAGCUACGUUCCUAGCUUAGCUAGGGUUCCAGGGUUUUCGAAGCAAGACACAAGUCGGAUUCGCUGGAGAAAACGUAGAUUCAACUAGUUUGGGUAUACAUAUAUUUGUUGUUUCGUGUGAUGACUCUUUUUGCUUGGGAUAUUGAACUAUGCACCUAUCCUUUCUUGUCAUUUGAAAGUGUCAAAAACAAACCAAAAAGUGUCAAUUUAUUGUUACGUGGAAUAUGUGAUUUUGUUAACUUUA